AUGUCAGCGGAGGAUAUCGCUGAAGAAAUUCGAUCUAGUCUCCCUGGCACCGAAGAAAUCAUCAUCCAAUACCUUGCUGGUUACCUCGUCGACGAUGCUGGAGAGGAGGAAGAUGUCCUCCAAGUUGCACGCUCACUUCUCGAUUCCCUGGCCGGCGACCAACCAGAUGUCCUCCAAAAGCUGAUGAAUCGACUAGCAGAUAUACUUGAAGAUCAGCUGAACGCUCGUAUAAAGAAGGCGGCUGGUCCUAAAUUAAUGAAGUUGGACAAAGUAAUGGAUAUGAGUAAAUCAGCCAUGUCCAACACUAUUGCUCUGUCUGAGGGCGUCGACCUCGAAUCUAUCAACAAGGGAAAAGCCUCUCGCGUGGACAUGAAGAAAUUGGAGAAGCAGGAGGCCAAGCUCAAGGCAAAAAUAGAAAAGAGGUCUCGAAGGGAUCUUUACGAAGGCUCUAAACUACUAGAUGCUCACAAGAAGCAGCAAACGUACGAGGAGCUGUUCAUGAAGAUCAAUCCUCUAGAAGGUGCUUCGGCGAAGAACAAGAGCAAAGACAUUCAUCUCCCAUCCAUUGACGUCAAUUUUGGUUCAAAUCGUAUUUUGUCGGGUGCAACACUGACGCUGGCGCAUGGCAGGAGAUAUGGGCUUAUUGGUCGAAACGGUGUCGGAAAGUCGACCCUUUUGCGUCAUAUAGCCAUGCGAGAGGUUCCUAUACCAUCUCAUAUAACUAUCCUUUUUGUGGAGCAGGAGAUCAUUGGAGAUGAUACCAUUGCCAUUGACUCGGUUUUGAAGGCCGACGUUUGGCGAGAUCACUUACUCAAGGAAGAGGCGAAGUUGAAUGCCCAGCUUGCUGAGCUAGAGACUGAGGGUGAUGAAAAACGCUUCGAGGACGCUCGAGAAGAAGCUGCUGCGAAAUUGGCGGAGGUGCAUGCUAGAUUGUCUGAAAUGGAUGCAGAGAGCGGUCCAGCUAGAGCAGCAACAUUAUUAGCAGGUCUUGGAUUCGAUGAAAAUGCUCAAAAGCAGCCGACGAGGUCGUUUAGUGGUGGUUGGCGUAUGAGGUUGGCCCUGGCGCGGGCACUCUUUGUCAAGCCCACACUAUUGCUGCUUGACGAACCGUCUAAUCACAUCGAUCUUAACGCACUUGCAUGGCUCGAGGAUUACCUUCAAACAUGGGCAGGAACUCUCCUUGUAGUCUCUCAUGACCGUGCUUUCUUAGAUGCCGUGGCCACAGAUAUUGUGCAUCAGCACUCCGGAAGAUUGGACUAUUACAAAGGGAAUUUUACUCAAUUCUACGCUACCAAAUCAGAACGAGACAAGAACCUGCGGAAGGAGUAUGACGCCCAAGUGGAGUACCGUAAACAUCUUCAAGCAUUCAUUGACCGGUGGCGAUAUAACGCAAAUCGUGCUGCUCAGGCACAAUCUAAAAUCAAGAUAUUGGAGAAGUUGCCCGACCUGCAACCUCCAGAAGAAGAAGAAACGGAGAGUUUCAAAUUCCCUGAGACCGAAAAGUUAUCACCACCAGUCUUACAACUCAACGAAGUCACUUUUUCAUACAAACCAGAAAGGGUUUUAUUGAAGAACGUGAACUUCGACAUUCAGCUAGACUCGCGGAUAGCAAUCGUUGGCGCCAACGGUGCUGGAAAGUCUACACUCAUCAAGUUGCUAACAGGGGAGCUGACCCCGAAGGCCGGGCAUGUAAACCGAAACGGUCGUCUGAGAAUAGGGUACUUUGCUCAGCACCACGUAGAUACGUUGAUCCCUUCUAUGUCGCCUGUGGAGUUCCUCGCGUCCAGAUACCCCGGUAAGGUCGAUCAAGAAUACCGUCAGCACUUAGGCAACUUCCAAAUCAGUGGAAUGACUGGCUUACAGCCCAUUGGAACGCUAAGCGGUGGUCAGAAGUCUCGCGUUGCUUUCGCGCUAUUGUCGUUGCAGCGCCCACACGUAUUGCUGCUUGACGAGCCUACCAAUCACUUGGAUAUCGAAGGUCUCGACGCCUUGAUGCUGGCUCUUCAAACAUGGAAUGGUGGCGUGAUCAUCAUCUCACACGACGAGAGGUUCAUCACUACUGUCGCCAAAGAGUUAUGGGUAUGUGGAGAUGGAACAGUGUAUAAGUUCAUGGGUGACGUACAGAGUUACAAGAGUCUCAUUGUCAGCAAUGUCAAAGCCAAGGCCUAA